AUGUUUUCUCGCCUCGAGUCUGGCCAUGUUUUGAGAUCUGACGAUUCGGAUGCCAGCCGACCAAUCGUUGGCGCGUCUGGCAGUCAUGGGACCGGUCCGCCCGAACCACUCAGAGAUCAUUACUAUUCCUCUGAUCUUCAUCGGAUGCAUACGAAACCGGACGGUUCGCGGUCUGAUGACCGUGAUCGGCAGUACGGCAACAACAAUCGUAGUUCUAAUUCGGGCGAGCAAGACAAUUAUGGGUACUUCGAGACGGCGUCGGAACCACGACCGUCCAUCACACCGAGGCAACAGGAGCCGUUCGCCUCGAGAUUGAUACCUACUAUGGGUCGUGAUUGA